GCGUGGAAACAAGUCAUGUGGGACUGCUACGGCGUGAACAACUAGUGGCGGAUCUAGAAAAUCCUUAUAGGGACGACGUUUUAAAAAAAGGGUAACGAAAUCAAAAACGUAAAUUUUUUCUAAAAUUUACGCUACCGUUGGAGCGAUAAGGGGCAACGUAGGUUAUCCUUGUUACAAGGUAGGUCCGCCCCGGACAACGUUACAACCCUUUGGUGAAAGCCUUUCACAUAGUGGCAAACUUUUAGCAGAGUACUUGGUUAAUUUUUUAGGAAAUUGGGGUAUUGAGAAAAAGGUGUUUACGAUCACAGUAGAUAAUGCCAAAUAUAAUGAUGUUUUGGUAGAUUGUUUAAACAGUCAUUUUCGUUUGAAUCGUGUUUUACUUUGUGAUGGGGACUUUACGCAUGUGCGUUGUUGUGCACACGUGUUAAAUCUAAUUGUUCAAGGAGGAUUAAAGGUGAUUGAAGGAGCCAUUGAAAAGGUUCGAGAGUCGGUGAAGUAUGUUAGAGGAAGUUCGGAUAGAAAGUACAAGUUUGCAGAAUGUAUACACCAACUGUCAUUAAAAUGCGGGAAAAAAGUGCAUCAAGAUAUUGUAAUAAGAUGGAAUUCUACCUAUCUGAUGCUCGAUAGUGCAUUGGCCUAUCGUAAUGCAUAUGAGCGGCUAGCACUUGUUGAUUCGAGGUAUAAGACUUUCCCAUCAGAACAGGAAUGGACAAGGGUGGAAACAAUCACAAAAUUUUUGAAGCCCUUCUAUAACAUCACAACUUUGUUUUCUGGUAACUCUUAUCCUACUUCGAACUUAUAUUUUUAUAAUGUGUGGAAGAUUCAAAAGUGUAUUGAAGAUCAGAUGGACAAUGUUGAUAAGGUGAUAAGUGACAUGGCAAAAGAAAUGAAAAAGAAAUUUGAUAAAUAUUGGGAAAACUAUAGCAUGAUAUUAUCUUUUGCGGUUGUUCUAGAUCCACGAUAUAAGUUUGAGCUUGUUGAGUUUUUUUUCAAAAAGCUUAACAUGGAAGAGAAAGUAUGUAAAGAGAAAUUGGAUAUUAUUUUCAAAGGGAUACAUAAGCUAUAUGAUACGGAGUAUGGUGUUUUGUCAAGAACAACUUCUUCAACAGCCAGGAGUUCAAAUAUUUGUGUUGAUACGUCUGAUGAUAUGGAUGGAUUUGAGUCAUUUACAGGCGAAUUUAGGAAUGUCGAGAAAAAAAAAUCACAACUAGACAUGUAUUUGGAGGAGGAUCGACUUAAUAGAAAAGAAGAACUUGACAUUUUACAGUAUUGGAAGGAUAAUCAAGGGAGAUAUCCUCAAUUGUCUCUCAUGGCUCGUGAUAUAUUGAGCAUCCCAAUCACUACCGUUGCCUCAGAAUCAUCUUUCAGUAUUGGGGGCCGGGUUCUAAGUAAAUAUCGAUCUUCAUUACGCUCAUCGAAUGUUGAGGCUUUGCUAUGCACCCGUGAUUGGUUGUUUGAUUUAGAAGAUGAUGAAAACGAGGAUGAUAUCGAGGAAGAACUUGCAGAAGAUAUUGAAUCAUUGUAUCCGACAUAUGAUGAUAGCCACGUUUAGGUUGGUGAUCUGAAACAGCAAAGGGGAUGAAAAAGAUGCCGAUAUUGCAGUUCGUGUCUUUUUUUUUUUGUAGUAGGGAGCUUUUUAAUAUGUAUUAAAAUUCUUUUAACAACUCUAUUAAUAGUAUUUGCUUACAUUAUGGUACAUUAUAUGAUUGAUUAAAUGCCUGUA